AGUCGAGCCAGGAGACGCUUACCUGCCGCUUCCCCCCGCCGCCCGGUGCACCUGGCUGCAAGGGCCUCCGUUCGGAGGGAGGGCGGCGACGGCCCCGCGGAGUUGGAAACGGGCGCGCACCGUCCCGGGCACGGUCUCCCCGCCGAACGUGGGGGCACUUGGGCGACUCGUUCCCUGAACUGCCCCCUCCCCUCCCCCGCCUCCGGCUCGGCCCGGGAACGGUGGGACGGCUCCCGGCUCUAGUGACGGAAGCGGACGGUGCCGGGCGAGGAGGGUUCGAAAAUGCCCCGCGCAUUUCUGGUGAAGAAGCCGUGCGUCUCCACGUGCAAGAGGAACUGGAGCGAGCUCCCCGACGAGGAGCGAGGCGAGAUCUACGUGCCAGUCAGUCUGGGCUUCUGCCCACCACAGCCCUACCGGGAACCAGAGCCGUCGGUGGCUGAACCCCCAUCUUGCCCCCUGGUUUUGGACAUGAGCCUUCGGGACUCCAGCUGUAGUGUGGCCCCUGGACCCUGCGUGGUAGCCCAGCUGCCCUCUGAAGACGUGAGUCGUUUGGCAGACCCCCAGAGCAGAGACCACGGCUUCCUGCGCACCAAGAUGAAGGUGACCCUGGGGGACAGUCCCAGUGGAGACCUCUUCACUUGCCACAUCUGCCAGAAGGCCUUCACCUACCAGCGCAUGCUGAAUCGCCACAUGAAGUGUCACAACGACGUCAAGAGGCACCUCUGCACCUACUGUGGGAAGGGCUUCAAUGACACAUUCGACCUGAAGAGACACGUCCGCACCCACACCGGCGUGAGGCCCUACAAGUGCAGCUUGUGUGACAAGGCCUUCACGCAGCGCUGCUCUCUGGAGUCUCAUCUCAAGAAGAUCCACGGCGUGCAGCAGAAGUACGCGUACAAGGAGCGGCGGGCCAAGCUGUACGUGUGUGAGGAGUGUGGCUGCACGUCUGAGAGCCAGGAGGGCCACGUCCUGCACCUGAAGGAGCACCACCCCGACAGCCCACUGCUGCGCAAGACCUCCAAGAAGGUGGCCGUGGCCCUGCAGAAUACUGUCACCUCCCUGCUACAGAGCAACCACCACCUCUGAGUGGCACCGCCUGGCCUGGGUCGCCUGCCCGCUGCCCGGCCAGUCCACCCUCCCGCUGCCUCUUGUGGGCCGCGGUGACCAGGCCUGGAGGCCCCCACCCCCCGCCUGGGCACACGUGCCGGCUUAGGCCCUGCACUGAGCUCUGUUCACGUUUGCGUUUUUGUCUGAUGGGCAGAGGCCACUCCGAGCCCCGGGCCAACAUGGGCGAGGCCCACCUUCAGAGAGAGGACUUCCCACAGGAGGGACGUGAGGAUGCUUGGCAGCCUCCCUCCUCUGGAGCACAGGGGCGGGGACCGCUGGUCCCCCGUGGACAGCAGAGGAAAGAGCACGGGCAGAGAGCAGCCGGGCAAACCCAAGGUGCUGCUGGGGGAGCUGGUGCCCGCCUGCCCCGCGGUGCAUCCAGCGCUCAGGACCGCGGGGGGCGAGGCCCUUCCCACAGGGAGAUGCAUACACGUGCCCAGCCAUGGACGCGUGUGCGCACACAGGAGGCCUUUCCACACAUCACCUCAUUUUUAGGAAAUCGACGACAAGGUGCCAAGGAAGUUUUAUUUCCUUUUUUUAAAGAUGACACAUGUACAGAUAUAUUAAUAUAUUUUUGGUGCCGAUGGCGGCUAUUUUUAAGAGAGGAUGGAGCUGGCUUUGUUCCCUCUCUAUGCAGUUCUAUUUAUCCUGGACAUUUCAUACCUCCUCUGUGCCUUGGCUCUGGGGGGGCUGCCCUCAGCCACCCCCACCCCUCGCACCUAAGACCUUCCUCCAGCCCUGCCUGGGGGCUGCUGGUCUGUCUGUGGUAGCUCGGGCUGCACUGGCUCCUCCC